AUUUGUAGUUGGCAGCCCUAAAAACAAUUCAGCACGUGGGGUUUAAAAGUGAGACUCAGUACGCAAUUUCACAAAAAGUAGUCUACAAAACAAAACAAAUAAACACAAUAACCGCUAAUAAUGGAAACCGACAACAUCAAACCAGAUGCCUUUGUUCCCGAGGUCAAGAAAGCAGUUAAACGCAGUGCGAACCGGGACAAUGAAAUGCAAGUAGACGGCGACGACAACGGAGCUGCAGCUGAGCUUCUGGUGCCUACCAGUUCUGGAAACUCUGGUCCAAAUCGAGCCAAGCGCAUACGUAGCGAGAUCCGAAAGGUCUCAGUCCCACCACACAGAUACUCGUCACUAAAGGAACAUUGGAUGAAGAUCUUCACACCUGUUGUGGAACACAUGAAGCUACAGAUUCGUUUUAACAUGAAGGCCCGCCAGGUGGAGUUGCGGAUUGGCCCCGAGACACCGGAUAUUUCAAAUCUGCAGAAGGGCGCCGACUUUGUCAAAGCCUUUUUAUGCGGUUUUGAAGUAGACGACGCAUUAGCUCUGCUGCGUCUCGAGGACCUAUUCAUUGAGACUUUUGAAAUUAAGGAUGUGAAGACAUUACGUGGUGACCAUCAGUCUCGUGCUAUUGGUCGUCUGGCAGGCAAGGGGGGUCGCACAAAAUUCACUAUUGAGAACGUGACCAAAACCCGCAUAGUUCUGGCCGACACCAAGAUUCACAUACUGGGCAGCUAUCAGAAUAUUCAGUUGGCCCGUCGUGCCAUAUGUAAUCUGAUCCUUGGCUCACCGCCCAGCAAGGUAUAUGGCAAUUUGCGAUCGGUGGCCACACGCCUCUCUGAGCGCAUGUAACGCAUGAUUAUGCUUUGUGAUAGAUCUGGCAAACGAUCCCCACACACAAUCUGUGGCUCAGGGUAUGGAUGCUAGUUGUAGGAGUGUUUUUUUUAAUCAUAUAAAUCUAGUGUUAAUAAACUUAAAACAAUAAUAAUAAUACACCUAUUUACAAUU